AUGGAUGAUGAUGGUAGCACGCAACUGACUAAAGAGGAAUUCUUCAAUGGUAUUAAGGAGACCGGAUUGGAACUUCGCCAUAAGGACGCCGAAGAAUUAUUCGAGAAAUUUGAUAUAGAUAAAAUCGGCUUCAUUAGCCUUGAUGAGUUCCUUAGUCAGAUUCGGCCUCCUAAGGCCGACUCACGUCGUGCGAUUGUCGAACAAGGUUUCAAAAAAUUGGACACGACUGGUGACGGCGCCAUUACUGUUGAGGAUAUCUGUGGAGUCUAUUCUUUAACUGCACAUCCAAGAUAUAUGAGCGGUGAGGAAACAGGCGACUUGAUUCUGAACAAGUUUUUUCUUUCUUUUCCUGGGGUUUUACUGACUUAG